AUGAUUCGUGAGAAGACAGCGCGUGGACUUUGGACAUCCUACAGAGUCGUGGAAACUUCUGCUGUAGAAAAUCUGGCAGCUGGCACAUCAGUUGAAAAUGUGAGCUCUCUUGAGGUCAAAACCGUUGUCGCUUCUGUUUUGGAAAUCGGUGACGACAUCGGCAGCAAGGAUGGGUCCGAGUCAGAGUACAUCACUUUGUUGAUCCCGGAGGAUCUUGAGAGCCAAAUGACAUCGGAACAUGGUGGGGAGAUGACACAAAGUCAAGUACGUGGAACUGUGGUCUCAAAGCAUCACCCAACAUCUACAGACUUAACAGUGGCAGAUGAACUGGGCAAAAGUCAGGUCACUGAGAAUGGAGUAAGUGUAAACAUUGCAAAGCAGCGUGCCACCUUCACAAAAAAAGGACCUGAAGAAACUGGCAGCAAGGCUCUAACAGAUGGGAUAAAUCAUGGGUAUGAACGAAUAGACUCUAGACAGAUGAACUCUACUUCUGAGGUCAGUUUGCCGCAACGAAAUGAGUCAUCAAAUAUGCAUGCCUUUGGCGCAGCACCGCAGGCGAACACAACAAUAGGGGGAGGGAACAAUGACGUACAGACAUGUUCUACGAAAGGUGAGCACGCAGCUGACACACUGACGGGUCUGACACACGAAUCUGAUCGGGGUCAAAGUGCUUGGGGUCAAACACCUGCAGCUAAGCUUGGAACAAAUAGAGGUCAUGGAACUGUAACAGAUGUAAAGAACGACUCAAGGUCAGUGCCUUUUUCAGUGGCAGACAAUAUGUGUGAAGGUCACACCUUGGAGACUGGGCUCAGUGGGAACAUGGACAAGCCAAACAACACUUUCACAGAAAAUGGGAAAGGUGAAACUGACAACAACAAUGCUCUACAAGAAGGGGUAAACUCAGACCAAUCAUUCUCUACUCCAGAGGGCAGUUUUCCCACAGUUGAACCAUCGAGUAUCCAAGCCUCUGACCUAACACCGCAGGCAAAUGUACCAGGUAUGUAA